AUGGCGGAUGGAUGUACUGAUUGGUCGGUGGAUUACAAGAAGUAUCAAGUUUUAGUGGGAGAACCUGUUCGUAUAAAAUGUGCAUUGUUUUAUGGAUAUAUAAGAGCAAAUUACACCUUAGCACAAAGUGCUGGACUCAGUUUAAUGUGGUACAAAAGUUCUGGACCUGGAGAUUUUGAGGAACCUAUAGCUUUUGAUGGAACAAGGAUGAGCAAAGAGGAAGAUGCAAUUUGGUUCCGUCCAACAGUGGCACAAGACAGUGGACUUUAUGCAUGUGUUAUAAGAAACUCUACUUACUGUAUGAAAGUAUCCAUUUCGCUGACAGUGGGUGAAAAUGAUACUGGCCUCUGCUACAAUUCAAAGAUGAAAUACUUUGAAAAAGCUGAACUUAGCAAAAGCAAGGAAAUCUCAUGCCCAGACAUACAGGAUUUUUUAACACCGUAUAGAGAGCCUGAAAUCCUGUGGUAUAAGGAAUGCCAAGUCACAACCUGGAGACCAAGUAUUCUAUUCAAAAAGGACACUCUUGUUAUCCGGGAGGUCAGAGAAGAUGACAUUGGAAAUUACACUUGUGAAUUAAAAUAUGGAUUGUUUUCUGUGAGAAGAACUACAGAAUUAACAGUUACAGCGCCAUUAACAGAAAAACCACCAAAGCUUUUGUACCCUUUGGAGAGUAAACUGACAAUUCAGGAAACACAGCUGGGCCACUCUGCUAAUCUUACCUGUCGAGCAUUUUUCGGAUACAGCGGAGAAGUCAGCCCUUUAAUGUACUGGAUGAAAGGCGAGAAGUUUAUUGAGGAUUUGGAUGAAAGUCGGGUUUGGGAAAGUGAUAUCAGAGUUCUUAAGGAACACCUUGGAGAACAGGAAGUUUCCAUUUCGUUAAUUCUUGAUUCAGUGGAAGAAGGAGACCUUGGGAAUUACUCAUGUUAUGUUGAAAAUGGAUAUGGCCGCAGACAUGCUACCGUUAUUCUACUUAAAAGGGAGCUGAUGUAUACAGUUGAACUUGCUGGCGGGCUUGGUGCUAUUCUGCUACUGCUUGUUUGUUUAGUGACAAUCUACAAAUGCUACAAGAUUGAGAUUAUGCUCUUCUACAGGAAUCAUUUUGGUGCUGAAGAACUAGAUGGAGAUAACAAAGAUUAUGAUGCAUACCUGUCGUACACCAAAGUGGAUCCCGACCAAUGGAAUCAGGAAACUGGGGAAGAAGAACGGUUUGCUCUUGAGAUCUUACCGGAUAUGCUGGAAAAGCAUUAUGGGUACAAAUUGUUCAUUCCAGAUAGAGAUUUGAUACCAACUGGAACAUAUAUAGAAGACGUUGCAAGAUGUGUAGACCAAAGCAAGCGACUGAUCAUUGUCAUGACUCCAAAUUAUGUGGUGAGAAGAGGCUGGAGUAUCUUUGAACUGGAAACAAGACUUCGAAAUAUGUUAGUUACAGGAGAAAUUAAAGUGAUACUAAUUGAAUGCAGUGAACUCCGGGGGAUUAUGAACUACCAGGAGGUUGAGGCCCUGAAGCAUACUAUCAAGCUCCUAACUGUGAUUAAAUGGCAUGGACCAAAAUGCAACAAGUUAAAUUCCAAAUUCUGGAAACGUUUACAGUAUGAAAUGCCUUUUAAGAGGAUAGAACCCAUCACACAUGAGCAGGUUUUAGAUGUCAGUGAGCAGGGGCCCUUUGGGGAACUGCAGACGGUCUCAGCAAUUUCCAUGGCUGCUGCUACCUCCACUGCUCUUGCCACUGCCCAUCCUGACCUGCGCUCCACCUUUCAUAACACGUAUCAUUCCCAGAUGCGCCAGAAACACUAUUAUCGAAGCUAUGAAUACGACGUACCUCCUACUGGCACCCUGCCUCUUACCUCAAUAGGUAACCAGCAUACCUACUGCAACAUCCCUAUGACACUUAUUAAUGGGCAGAGGCCACAGACAAAAACUAACAGGGAGCAGAAUCCCGACGAGGCUCAUACAAACAGUGCGAUACUGCCACUAUUACCACGGGAAACCAGUAUAUCCAGUGUCAUUUGGUGACAUACAUGCAAGGGGGAAUUCAGCCCCCUUGUGUAGAAGCUAAGUCUGCAGUCCGGUGCCUGGAACUACAUCCUCGACUGCUGCUGUUAAACAUGCAUUACAAUCUAUGAAAUAUGAGGAAAAACAGGGUCUUGUACAUAUGUUUUUGCAAAUUUCUUUGUAGCAUCAGUCUUCCUGUUUUACCCAUGUCUCUUGCCAUUCACAUUUUGACUUUGUUUUAUAUGUCACUGGGAUUUGUAUAUUUGCAUUUUUUAAAAAAAGAGAAGUGAAGAGACUGCUGUAUAGAUAGGAAAAAUCUUUUUGCUUCAUUAGUAUAGUUUGCGUGUUGUUGGGUUUUGGGUUUUUUUAAACAUUUCUUGGGAAUGCUUGGACAAAGCUCUGUUGAACCCAGAAGCACUAUCUGUUUUGUUGGCCUGUCUAGCCUGAACCCCAGAGGCCAUGCUUGCAACAAUUCACAAAUGUGUGUGUGGGUGUGAGUGUGAGUGUGAACACUUGUUCUUAGGAGGAUGCUACUGGUGAUUCAUAAACCUUUCUUCAUUUAUUAUCCCUCUCUGUCCUCUUACCUUCAAGUUUUUACAGCACCAGACACUGAGUGAAAUUACAGAUGGUCUAAUUGUCUAACAUUUCACAUAGUAAAUAGUUGUGGAACCAACCAACCAGCCAACCAACCCCACCCCGACCCCAGUCUGUAUCACCCGCUUCACAUAAUCACUAUUACCACUAUGGAGUACGUAGAAAGAAAAAUAAGGGUUUCUCUAUUUUAUUUUAUGAGUUGACUAUAUGCCUUUUAUAGAGAGAGAACAUGCUGAUUCUUAAUUCAUCCACUUCUUGAGAAAGUGUUAGAUGUGUUUGUGACUCUCCCCAGACCUUUUUUUUCUUUGGUUGAGAUCAUUGGGGUUUUUUUCCUUUUAAAUUCUACAAAUGAGAUUAUUUACAUUUGUCAGGCAAGUAAGGCAAUAGGCACUGAUGUGCACUAAAUCCCGCAGCGAUUUAUGGCAAUGGCUUCCAAACCAAAGGAGAGCAGAAGGACAAUAUCUAAUAUGGUUCGUCAUAUUGUAUUACAAAAAAAAUAUGCUGUCUUUUAAGAAAUAUGAGAAUAUUUGUGUGCAGCCGUUUUUGGAGUCCCCAUGUAUACUGAAGUUCAGUCAGCAACUUUUCUUUUCACUGAUACAUCCAGAAUUUAGCAUGUUUUAUUAUUCAUUUUUAUUUUUUUAAAGCUUGUAAUAAUAAUUUAGAAGUUGUUUUGAAUUCCAAGGUUGUUUAAAGGAGAUCUCAGGAGGUUGCAAAAGUAAAUACCAACAAACAUCAAUAUUUUAUAUAAGAUAAAUAUUUAAAAUAGACCCAGAAAUGUUGGAAACAAUUAAUGUUAUUGAAUAAAAAUAAACUAGUUUUAUUUUGAAUGUAUGAUUUCAUCUUUAACAAGUUGAAGAAAGAGCAUGCAGCUUGGCUCCGGGAAUUAUUCUGUGCAUAAACUCCAGAGCUGAAUUGUGUCUAUGUGGAAUUCAGUGAGAGUUUGUCAUAGACUUUAGCAAAGCGGAUUUUUACUCCUCAUUGAGCCAGUGUUAACACAAUCAUGAUUAAUAUCCAUAUUUACACAUACUGAUGCAAUAGCCAACUUUCAUAUGAACAUCUGGGGGGCAACACUAGGAUAUUGCAUUAGUACCACACUAGAUAAUCAGCAGCACAUUUAUAAAUGUGUAAACGGAUGCAGUGAAACACUGAUGAUGCUUAAAUUACACCAGAAGAGAAUGUAACCUUCUCUGUAUUGUACUCAAAAUGCAACAAUUCACUUGCUGGAAACAAUUGUUUAAAACUACCAACAUUUUAUUCAAUUAGAGUUUCCCAGGCAUGGUCACUGUCGUGGCUACUGUGUGUUUUGUUCUGUCAUUGUGUGGAAGAAGGCUGUUUAUAGUUUUACCUGGAUAAGGCAGAAUGCGGUUAAAGAAUGUAUAAACAGCAGUCUAUGAAUAUUUGUAGACUUCAAGUGUGUAUGAUACUAGGCAGCCUCAUAUUGUAACUGGCGAGGAAAUAUCGGCAAACCAUGUUCAAGGACUCCAGGAUAUACACUGACUUUUAUUUGCCUAACAAUAUUUAUCUCUCAGGUCCUUUUCUAAUAAUCUGUCAUUUUGUUAAUAUGUGCUCCCCUACCCCUGAUAAAAAAUAAACCUGGACAUGUGCCAAAUAAAUCACAUCAAGCAAAUAAAGCUGCCAAGAUAGGUGGAAUUUGAAAGCAUCUUUGCACAGGUCAUUCUUUGAAAAUGUAAGAUGGAUAUUGUUUGUUACAGACACCUGCCAAUUACUGAUAACAUUUGAUGGCCUUUGAUGAGAUUCCAAAUCUCAGACCUUCCCGACUACAAGUACUCCACCUACCCCAAAAGUUAAAUCAGUGCAGUGAACUAUCCAUUUUAAUUUUAAAGCUGGGGAGUGGAUUAUGAAGUACUUGUAAAGCAUUACAAUUUGACCACAAUCACAAUGUAGGUGUUAGGUGGGCUGUGGGUUUUUUAAAUAUUGAUUUUGUUUUGUUCUUUGAAGUCCCACCAGGAAUACUUAUUUCUUCUAUUUUUAAUGUAGAUUUAAGCACUUUGAAUAGCAUGAUUCAGGGAUUGAUGGAUACUGUUUGAUAUUCACACUACUUAAAGAGAAGAUUUUUCUUACAAUGCUUUGUCAUAUUGUUGAAUAAAAACAAACAAGAAAGAAAUUGAGUGUGUGAAAGAGCUUGUCCACAAAAAACAUUUGGACAAGGCCGUUUCUGGCUUUAGAAACAUUCCGCCCAAGGACACCUCUUCAAAAAACAGCUCUGUGUGAGAAAAAAAAUAAAGGAACUGUCAUUAUGUUCACAUACUCAAUGUUCAACUAAAGUUCUGUUUGAACACAAAAUAAAAAGAAAAUAUAUAUAUA